AUGAUGGAGAAUAAUUCAUUCCCCGGUUCUUCUCAAGUGCUGAAUUUCUGCAAGAAUAUAUUCUCCCAUGCAUUAAGAGCAUCAGAUAAUGUACCACAACAUAUCGGUUUGAUCAUGGAUGGCAAUCGCCGCUGGGCUAAACGAAAACAUGUUGAGAUCAAAGAGGGACACAAUGCAGGAUUUCACAGUAUGAGUAGGGCACUCGAACUGUGCUACGAAGCUGGGGUCAGUACUGCGACUGUGUUUGCAUUUUCGAUUGAGAAUUUCAAGAGGAGCGCCGCGGAAGUUGACUCAUUAAUGAACCUGGCAAGAAGCGGUAUCAAGCAAGUGGUUCAAAAUGGAGAGAUGGCUGAAAAGUUUGGCAUUAAGAUAAGGGUUAUUGGAGAUAGGGCUAUGUUGCCGGAUGACGUCCUGCGAGAAGUAGAAACGGCCGAGAGAAUAACGAAAGACAAUACGAGGGCUGUCUUGAACAUAUGUUUUCCCUACACAGGACGAGACGAGCUUCUUUAUGGCAUAAAAGCAACAGUAGACAAGACCCAGCGUGGAGAGCUGCAAUUCUCAGACAUAAAUGAAGAUGAAAUUGACAAACAUUUGUACACAGGGGGAUCUCCGCCUGUAGAUUUACUAAUCAGGACUAGUGGUGUGACGCGUUUAAGUGACUUUCUGAUAUGGCAAGUAAGCCGAAGGGACGUAGUGAUAGAAUUUUUGGAUUGCCUGUGGCCAGACUUUGGGUCCCGACAGAUGGCUUGGAUUCUUCUUAAGUUCGCUUUCCAUAAGAGUUACUCAGCUUCGGAGCCAGACCUCGAAGAAGAAAUGGAUGCCAUAAGUAGUACGCUAGAGCAGAAAAAACAACACUAA